GUAUAACAAUAUUUUCCGCUUGAUUUCGUAACUUCUGGAACGAACAAUUGCGAUUUGCAGUGAUAAUGAUUUAUUCAGCUGAAUUUCCCUGGUUGUAGAUACUUGCUUAAUAAGCCACGCAUUAAGCCCAUCACUGAAGAUCCAACCAGUGAAAGAACCCGUUAUGUGAUUUUGUCCGAAAAUAUCCAAAACCCAGAUUUGUCUGAGAUUCCUGAUCACAAGCUUGCUGAAUUGAAAGCACUAUUCGAGAUUGAAGUAGUUCCUUAUUCGGUCACACUUGGAUAUUCCUACUGGACUGCAGAUCACAUACUGAAGCAGAUUCUGCCUUCUGGGGUUGAAGUACCUUCAUCUUUUGAGACAAUAGUUAAGUAUCCUGUUGACGUGGUUACCUUGCAUUUCCAUGAUUUUCUCCCUUGCUUCCCAUUAUUUUUAUUUAUUUAUUUAUUUAUUAUUAUUUUUUUUCUUCUCUUAGGGCAUCUGGCCCUGAGCGGAUGAUUGACCUUGGUUUAAUGGUUGCAGGUCACAUUGCUCACUUGAAUAUAGGCGAUGAGCUUCUUCCUUACAAGAACGUCAUUGCCAAAGUCAUUUAUGAUAAAAAUUAUCCUCGAAUCCAGACUGUUGUUAACAAAGUUGGGACCAUCACAAAUGAGUUCCGUGUGCCAAAGUUUGAGGUACUUGCUGGGAAAAAUGAUAUGGUCACUGAAGUAAAGCAACAUGGAGCAAAUUUCAAACUUGAUUAUAGCUUGGUCUACUGGAAUUCAAGAUUAGAACAUGAACAUCUUAGGUUGAUUUCUACAUUCCGGCCAGGGGAGAUCAUCUGUGACAUGUUUGCUGGAAUUGGUCCGUUUGCUAUUCCAGCAGCCCUUAAAGGCUGCCUUGUUUAUGCAAAUGAUCUGAAUCCAGAUAGCAUUCGAUAUCUGAAGAUAAAUGCGAGGGGUAACAAGGUUGAUGAUUUGGUUCAUGCAUAUAAUAUGGACGCUAGAAAAUUUAUUUCCCAACUCAUGACUGGACCCUCGAGUAAUUUGGAGUUUGAAGAAUCUAAAUCUGAGUUGUCCGUAGAACAAUGUACAUCCGCAGAUGGACAAUUGAUGGCCAACGACAAAAGUGAAGUAAAACAAGUGCCGAAGGAUAGUUUGAGCCAACUUGUAACCAUCACGAGUUCCUGCUCUCAGGUUGAUAAACAUGCAACUACCUCAAAGAGGCGUUCUCAAAAUUCUUUUGGAGAGAAUGGAACUUCUGGGAUCGCUAGUGAUGUGAGUGCUAAGACAAAACAAGGAUCAAAUAAGCGUAUUAGAAGCUCUGAAACAUUCAAUAAAAAGCCCUGGGAGCAUGUUGACCAUGUUGUUAUGAAUCUCCCGGCUUCUGCUCUGGAUUUUCUUGAUGCCUUUAGAGGGCUCAUAAAGAGACGAUAUUGGAAGACAUCCCUGCCAUUGAUCCACUGCUACUGCUUCAAACGAUCAAGUGAGACGAUGGACUUCAUAAUCUCAAAGGCGGAGUCUGCCCUGGGUGCAUCUAUACAAGAUCCUGUUUUUCACAAGGUCCGAGGUGUUGCUCCAUACAAGGAUAUGUUCUGUUUAAGUUUUAGAUUGCCGGAGGAAAUUUGUGCGGAUGACAAUGUCAAUGGAACAUCGUCAUGUGACUAAAUAAUCUUGAACCAUGAAGUGAUUACAGCUGGAUGGUCAAGUUCCUUUGGAAGUAUCUUCAGAAGAUGAGGAAUGCUGGAAAAAUACAGGAUUGUUGUUAAGUUGUUGAGUGUAAUAACAUUUACAAGCCAGGAAUGACAAAAGAAGUAUGAAGGCAGAGGUACUGCUGAAUCCAUCUUUUAUGUACUUCAGUUAGUUGAGAUGAUUUGAGGUGGGCACUUAGGAUUGCCCUUUUUUUUUUUUUUUUCAAAAUUAGAGUUUUGGCCACUUCUUUUCAACUAUUUUGGAAGGAAAAGGAGAACGAUGGCUCUAACGCUUUCCUUAGUUACAUUACGGUGACCAGCUAGUCGGCAUCUUGAGAUGGACGCUGAAUUUUGAAGCAAAUUGUGCUCCUUACAAUAACGAUUAUCCAUUUUUGUGCCCUUUCUGUUUGUUAAUAGCUCAUGGCUCUUGGUACCCUAGAUCUUCUGUAAGGCUCUCUUAUUAUAUGAAGUCAC